GCUCCAUUGACAAAGGUCUUUUGUUUACGCUUAUUCUGGCAUAGUUGUUGACCGGGCACGAUGCGACCUGCUUUUUCAAUAUGAUACGGAUAAACUAUUUUCUGUCAUAAGAAUAUAACAACUCAUUUAAAACGUAUAGCAAUGAAAACCUUUGCUGUUUUCGGUGUGGUGUUUGGCAUGACUGGCAGUUGAUUUUAACUGAAUACAGGCACAACCGGUAAGGGAAUUAAAAAGAAAGUACAUGUACGACUGCUAUUACCCCCGUAUUACCUCACCCGAAAACAAUGGAGGACGAUAUAUUUAAUGACUGGCUUGAGAAGAUAAAGGCGAACUCGGAAUCAACAGAAAAGUUACAAGCUGCAGGGUUUGUCGUCGAGGUCAUCGGUGACGGCAACCUGAACGACGUCCAUCGCGUCAUCGAACACGACGUCGAGGGCAAGUCCGUCAUCCUCAAACACGCACCACCGUAUAUCAAGUGCUUAGGCCCAGAAUAUCCCCUUGCUGUGACGAGAUGUGAAAUCGAAUAUGAAGCUUUGUGUUGGUUCAAUCGCAUCGCACCGGGAAGUGUACCUGAACCCUACCAGGAAACCAAUCACGAUUCUUUUUUAAUGGAGGAUCUCCGAGGCUAUGACGUCAUGAAGAAACAGCUUGUUCGAGGCCACCUGAAUCUUGAUGCGGGGAAGGAAGUCAUCAGAAACAUCAUCAGGAUACAUAGAAAGACAAACGAAGACGAACUUAAUCGAGAAAAGUUUGAUCAACUUAAACGAACAUUCAAAAAUACUGAAAUGGUUUCAUUGACGCGUGAUUUCAUCUUUACAAACCCCUUUCUUCGCGAUCACCCAACAAACCGAUGUUCGCCCGAGGUCGCUCUUCACCUUCACCUCAUAUACGACAACGACGAACUUCUACAAAACGCAUCAGAGCUGCGAUCAAUAUUUUUGAACAAAAAAGAUUGCCUCUUACACGGUGAUCUACACACGGGUUCUGUAAUGACAAAAGAUGCCGAUGCAAAGAUGAUUGACUUGGAAUUUGCCUUCGUUGGACCAAUGGGAUUUGAUCUCGGCGUUCUCCUCGCCAACUACCUCUUCUCCUACCACGCCCACCGAAUAAUGCCGAAUACCAGCUCCAGUUGCACGAACUUUCACGAGAAGGUUCGUCAAGCAAUAUCGGACGCAAUCUCGGACUAUUUCGGAGAUGCCGAGUCGAGGUUGUCUAGCAACGAUGUAACAUCGCUUGUUCGGGAAGUUGUCGGGUUGGCAGGUUGUGAACUGAUAAGGAGAAUAGUCGGCGCCGCCCAUGUAGAAGAUUUGGAAGGAAAUCCAUUAGCUGAAAUAGAAUGUCUUAAACUUGGAGUGAACCUCAUAUUGAAAUACAAAGACGUUCAUUUCAUCUCAGUCUCCGGGUUAAUGGCAGACUUUGGAUUAUGAUGACAAUGAUUACCAAUAUAGUUUUUGAAUUUAGAUAUUUUAAUUUUCUCUUGAUUGUAAUGUGAAACAAAGUUUAUUCCUCACAGAACACGUGGAAUGACCACUGCUUUCUAGUUCAGUUAAGGUGGUUCUUAAUGUUAAAUCUGUUGAAAAUUGAAAUAUUGCAUAAUUCAUACAAUAAAACGAAAAAAGAUUGUGAAUUAUAGGGACAUCAUCAACUCUCUCAUUUGAAUAUCACUGAGUUGUGCAUGAUAUCUCUUUUGUGU